AUCAAAGAACUGCAGGAAUCAUAGCCAUGGGCUUGCCAGAGGAUCUGCGCCAGCCUGCCCCGGCUCCAUUGGACAAACAGGUUGGAAUGGACAUGAUGGAAUGCCAUCCCAAGGAUGCAGUCCGACGGUUCUUCAAUCGCUACACUGCCAAACCGGCCACUUCGUCUGACUACUUCUACCAGGUUCAGAAAGCUGAUGGUGGCAAGAUCUGUGAGUUGCACACUCCAUCCUUCUACUCACGAGUUUUCCAGGGCACGGUGUGCAAGACUAUCAAGGAUGCAGAGACGAGUGCUGCUGAGAAGUUCUGCCAAGAUCCGGAUGUGCAAGCUGCGGCUGUCAAAUUGCCUCCCAAUAUGAAGGCUUGCCGACGAUCCGCUGGCUCUGGAGCUUCAAAGCGACAGUGGCAGGCCAGGGAGGAUCACGGCGACGUUGCUACGAAACGUCAGCGUGCUGAGAAAUUGCUCAGCGACUUCAAGGGAUGAACCUACUAGACUUGUUGAAAUGCCCCAAGAGGCACUGCUUGUGUGACUG